AUGAAUAUGACAAAAACACACUUCACUGUGACUGAAUUUGUGUUCCUGGGGCUCUCAUCUCAGCCAAAGAUGCAGCUCAUUCUUUUUGUGAUGUUCUUGUUUGUCUAUUUAUUAACGGUGGCAGGAAAUAUUAUAAUUAUCACUGUCAUCCAGAUAGAACCUCGUCUCCACACACCCAUGUACUUUUUCCUCACUAAUUUAUCCUUCCUGGAUAUCUGCUACACAUCCACCAAUGUCCCAAAAAUGCUGUCAAACAUGGUGGGAAAAAAGAAGACCAUCCCAUUCUCCAGCUGGGCUGCUCAGACGUCCUUCUCCUUCUCCUUUGGGAUGAUUGAAUGUGCUCUCCUUGGUGUCAUGGCUUAUGACAGAUAUGUAGCCAUAUGUCAUCCUCUUUAUUAUAUAGUCAUCAUGAACCAAAUCACCUGUGUCCAGUUGGCAACCAUUUCUUGGUUCAGUAGCUUCUUGAGUUCCAUGGUCAUCAACAUCUUCACUUUGAGUUUGCCAUACUGUGGACCCAAUGUCCUCAAUUACUUCUUUUGUGAGGUUCCUUCCAUCCUGAGAUUGGCUUGCACUGACACCUCAUUUACGGAGAUGGUUGUUUUUAUCUUCAGUAUCAUCAUUGUCUUCAUUCCUUUUAUCCUCAUUAUUGUUUCCUACACCCAAAUCCUUCUGUCAGUUCUUAGGAUACAGUCAGUCUCUGGGAGGCAAAAGGCCCUGUCCACCUGUGCCUCCCAUCAGACGGGGGUGGCCUUACUCUAUGGAACUGCCAUCUUCAUGUACAUGAGACCCCAGUCAAAGUCCUCCAGGGCUGGGGGCAAGAUCAUCAUGGUGUUCUACACUGUUAUCCCACCCAUGCUCAACCCCUUGAUCUAUAGCCUAAGGAACCAAGAUGUAAAAGGAGCCCUAAGGAGAGCUUUUGCAAAACAGAGGGCAUGA